AUGCAUGAUACAUCCCCUACAGACGACUUAGUGGUCCAAGGCUAUGAACACAUUCCUGAGUACAAGGAAUUGACAAAACGCGCCAUUGAAUUGCGACGUGUUUUGUCUCGGGUGCCUGAAGAAAUGGCAGAUCGUCAUCAGUUUCUUGAGACUAUCAAGCUUAUUGCGUCAUCGAUCAAGAAAUUGUUGGAAGCAAUCAAUGCUGUUCAUCAGAUAGUACCUCAGUCAGCACAGCAAGCGCAGAUCGUGGGUCUCGUCUGUUCAUUCUCAUCCUUUGGAACUCUUCUUCGAUUUUUUACUCAUUUUCAAAUUCAGCUAAUGUCAUUUGCUUCAGCAAUGAACGAGGAAGGUGGCUAUCUCGGUGCUAUGACUUAUCAAUGCUUAUACAGUGGGAUUCUCGACAAACUUCGAUCCUCGAAGAAAGACGAUGAUCGUGCUCUUGCUGCGAUUCAUCGCCUUCGAAGUGCUAUGAGAACGUCAGAGAGUGUAUCACCGUCCUUCUUGUUCGAUUUCACGAAGAUCUUACUGGCAGAAUCAGAACUGAACAUCAAUCUUCAAGUGAAGUUUUGUUUGCGGCAUGAAGCAUAUCUUCGAAUGCAUGAUACAUCCCCUACAGAUGACUUAGUGGUCCAAGGCUAUGAACACAUUCCUGAGUACAAGGAGUUGACAAAACGCGCCAUUGAAUUGCGACGUGUUUUGUCUCGGGUGCCUGAAGAAAUGGCAGAUCGUCAUCAGUUUCUUGAGACUAUCAAGCUUAUUGCGUCAUCGAUCAAGAAAUUGUUGGAAGCAAUCAAUGCUGUUCAUCAGAUAGUACCUCAGUCAGCACAGCAAGCUGUAGAAAAGCGGAAGCGAGAAUUCGUGCACUACUCUAAAAGAUUCAGCAACACACUAAAAACUUAUUUCAAGGAUCAAAAUGCAGUACAGGUCUCAGUCUCUGCCAAUCAGUUAGUGUUCCAAACUUCAUUGAUCAUCAAAACAGUGAAUGAGAAGUUGAGAAGAUAA